AAAUCUAGGGAUCGUUUGUCUGACAUGGGACAAUCUUUGACUUCUACUCCUGGUCAGUUCAAUAACGCACCAAUGGUUCAGGAUGUGAGCACUAACUUUUAUGAAGAAAAAUCCAAUGGAUGGCAGGAUGUGCAAAAUAACACUGUGGAUAUGGUUAAAGAUCAGGAAAGUAAUGAAGUGCAUUUACAUGAUCACAGAAAAGCCAAACCUGAUAGAUGUAUGGGGAAAAAUCUGAAAAUGAAGAAUCCUGAAAGUCCUAGGUCACCAGUUGAUUGCAUAACAGAAAGGGUUGAUCAAGUCUUUGAUGAUGUAGAUGUGGGUGAUUUUGAAAUUGCAUGGGAAGACUUGCUUAUUGGUGAAAGAAUUGGACUGGGUAAGGCAUAUGAUCUAUUCUCUAUUAGGUUCAUAUGGGGAGGUCUAUCAUGCUGAUUGGAAUGACACGGUUAGUUUUAGAUACUAUUUUUCCCUUGAAAUUUCUAAAGUUGAUCACUUCUUUCCUUAUUUUCUUUUUAUUUGUUGUUGUUUUACUUAAAGUUGGAGAACUUGUUCUUGUCUCUUUAAAAUGUUCUCUUUAGGAUGUUGGUUUGUCAUUUUUAUGUUGCUUUAGAGACUCAGUGAUGGCUUAU